GACAAAUGAACUACAAACAAGUGCUAACUGUGUUCGUUUAAGUGUGACCUAAUUUUUUUUUUAAAGGUUGGCUUCAAAUUUUCACAGGAAAUCUUGUGUAAGCGCGCGCGUGUGUUUGUGUGUGUGUGUGGAACUUACCCGGACACAUAAACAUAUAAUCACACGACAUGAUUAAAUAAGAACAAUCAACAACAAAAAAUAUUGUUUCAAGUUGCUUGCUAAAUGAAUGUCGCAAUGCUGUAGAUCUGUCUAAAGGAAUGGAGGUGGAUGAGUUUAUUCAGUUCUGCAAUCAAUCCUCCACACUUGGAUCUUCUGAUCGGAAAAACUGCAUCCUGAGAUCAGUGCAAGACCAAGUGAUCUUGAAGUACAUCGCCUUGUUCACCUACCUGGCCCUGGUCACUCUAGUUGGGGUCAUCGGGAACUCUCUUAUCCUAGCUGUCUACUUCAGGAGGACAAGAAAGACAGCGACCAUCGUCUUCAUUGAGGCUAUUGCUGUCACUGACCUGCUGACCAAUAUACUGGUCAUUCCAGUGACAUACUACGUGCUGAUGAAAAGCGUUGCCAUAGAAACGUACCUGUGCCGGAUCUACUACUUCCUCAACUACUCAACUUCCUUCAUAUCAGUGGUGCUGCUGCUGGCGGUAGCGGUGGUCAGAUAUCGUAAGAUCUGUUUACCAUUCGCCAAACAGGUGACUGCCAAACAUGCCCGACUUAUCAGCGUGGGCAUCGCUUUGCUUUGCAUCACUCUGUGCGUGCCCCACACUAUUGUGUCCGGUCGAGCUACUGUCCAGGAGCUGCCACAAGAGGGCAUUAGCAUUUACGAGUGCGCCAUCGAUGACUAUUUUGUGGAGUCUUUGUGGACAAAGGUCGUCAACGGGUUUUCCAUUUUCAUCUUCCUUAUGUGCUGUGUGCCUGUCACAGUUAUGUAUUCUAAGAUUGGCAUUGAGGCCCAGCGUCGGAGACCCACGUACGGGCAUGGGAGUUUGCAGAGGCGGGAUGUAUCGGAAAGCGCUGCAAACUCGGAUAGUGUCAAAGACCAUUUAAACUGCAAAAUCCAAUUGGAAAAAGAAAACGCCACGAGCUCUUUGUCACGUGACAACGACACAAGUCUGAGCGAGCAGAAGCCUUCGCCCCUGAAAGAGACGCGUCUCCAGCGAGAGGGCUCCUCGUAUUUCUAUCGCUCCCAGCGUGGCGCCUGGGCGCUGAACCGCACCACACUGAUGCUCCUGACCAUCAGCGUCAUUUAUAUACUGACCAAUCUGACCACCCUGGUGCUUAUCUGCACCAGGUCAUUGAUCAAAAUGAAAAUCAGCUCCCUUAGUGUGCUCAGCGCUUCUAUAUUUAGCAUUUGCUUGUAUUUAUUUAUACUGAACAGCGCAGUGAACGCUAUUAUCUAUAUCGCUUUAGAUCGAAACUUUAGAAUCGACUGUGUUAAGCUGAUCAAAGGCUUGUGGCAGCAAUAAUGACGAGUACACUGAAACUAUUAUCGACUUCAAAGUACGAAUGUGCUCAAAACCUUGACUGUGACACUGAUAGACUAGUUUUGUUUAACAUUUAGGAUAAUUGGCACAAAUUUGAAAGCUUUAUGUUCGACAGUAUAUGUGUAUGUGUUUACCAUUUGGAAGUGUCUAAUUCAUUUUACGCUUACAGUUUGAAUGCAAGUGGGUGUAUGAUUACCAUUUGAAUGCAACUGGUGUAUGCUUACCAUUCCAUUGUAAGUAAAUAUAUAUGUUUACCAUUUGAUAAUUGUUCCAAUUUUUACUAAUUGAAUGUAAAGAAUACAUACGUUUAACAUUUCAAAUGUUUGUAUCAAUUGUAUGUGUUUAUCGUUUUGAUCUAAGCAAAAUUCAUUUAAAUGCUAACUUUUUAAAAAUUUAUUAAUUACAGACUUUUCUUUAAAAAAAGAAAAUAAUCAGUUAAUUAUUAAUCAUUAUUAAUUAGUUAAUUAGUUAUCCAUCAGUUAAUCUAGCUUGUUAAUUUUUUAUCUCUGCUAAGUCAUUGAUUUCCCUGGCUGAUUAUAUUUGAAUGUACGUGAAUGAAGCCCUUUGCUAAACGCUGACCAUUUAAAAGUAUUCGAGUAAGUCUUAAUUUAUGAGCAUUAGCUUUUUAAGCUGGUUAAUUAGGAAAGUUUUUACAUUUAUAAAAAUAUCAAC